GUGGAUUGCUGCAACAUGGACGCGAUCGAAGCCCGGAACGCGGCUGGCAACGACAAGUACAAGGCUGGCGACUACAUAGGCGCGCGCGCCGAGUACUCGGCGGCGCUCGACCUUCUUGACGAGGUCGACAACGUGGCGCUGCACAGCCGUGUCCUUGCGAACCGGGCGCAGACGUACCUGCAGGAGCGCGAUUGCGCCAUGGCCCUUCGCGACGCCGCCGAGGCCAUUGCGCUCGACCGCACCAACCUCAAGGCGCACUUGCGCAAGAUCGUCGCACUGGAGAACCUCGAGAACUUUGAAGCGGCGCUCGCGCACGUGUACGUCCUCCUGCCCCUCGCCGCGUCGUCGCCCGAUCACGCCAUCUACAUGCCGUCAGCGCUCGCGGCCAAGAACCGGCUGCGCAAGGCGUGCAGCAUCGACCGCGCGGCCGCCAAGGCCCAGGCGUACGACGUUGGCAAGCUCGUACAUGCCAAGCAGUCGCUUCGGCUCAACUUUGCGAUCGCGUUUCCGCUGGCGCUGCCAGCUAACCACUGGCUCGACGUGACGGUCUUCCUCGCCAAUGAGUUUGGCCUCUUCCAGCGCGGGCUUGUGGCGACACCGCUGCCGCUCGUGUGCGAGCUGCACACGCCUGUGCCUGGCGUGACGAUCGAGGUUGACCCAUUGCCCGUUGUGCUUGGACUCAACGGCAAGACGCACUUUCGACUUCGCUUCACCGCCGACAAUGUCGAUAGCAAGGGCUUGCCGUCGGUUGCGCUACGUGUCUCGCUCACCAAGGGCCACGGCCUCAACGACGUCUUGCCCGUCGUCACGCUGCCGCUACAGCUCCUUCCGCCGACGUCCAGCAAGUGGGCACCGGUCGAGCCCUCGACGCCCGACCCGCUCGGUAUCCAGUGCUGCCGCAGCGUUUACGUCGACGAGAUCGACACGUACAUAACCUUGGCCGAGUCGCCGGGGCAUCUCGGUAUUGCUGGCAAGCUCUGGGACUCGGCGCUCAUUUUGACAACGUACUUGGCGCGGAACCCACAGGUGCUGGCCGGUAAGCGCGUGCUCGAAGUCGGAAGCGGCCUCGGGCUCGUGGGCAUGGUCUGCGCGCAUCUCGGAGCGGCGGCCGUGACGCUCACCGACAUGGACGAAGUCGUGCCCAUGCUGCAGUACAACCUCAAACUCAAUGCGCUCGAAGCGGUUGCGUCGGCGUCAGCGCUCUGCUGGGGCACGUCGCCAGCGCACUUGUCGCCGCCGUUCGACGUGGUCGUCAUGUCGGACGUCGUCUACGACCCGACGGGCUAUGCACCGUUGGUCACGACGCUGCUCGACGUGACGACUCCGUCGACGACGAUCCUCAUGGCGCAUCGCUCCCGGCACCCGCAAGAAAAAGACUUUUUCGAGCUCCUCGGUGUGUCCUUUACCACCGAAUCGAUGCCGCUCCAAGGCGUUUGGGACCACGAAUCCCGCAUGACGGACGUGCAGCUGCUACGCCUCUCGCGCCGCGAGCAAUAACCCCGUCACUAACCAAGUCGUUGGUCGAUACCUCA